AUGGGGGAGAAAGUUUCGGAGGCGCCGGGGCCCGGGCCGGUGCCUCGCGGCUGCAGCGCCCCCGGCGCCCGCGCCCCCGCCCUCGCCCCCGCGGUGGCCGCCGCGUCCUCGGCCGGGUCCUCCUCGGGCUCCGAAACUCCGUCGGAGGAAGGGGAGCCGCGCCGCUUCUCCCGCGAGCCGCCGCCGCCCCCACCGCCGCCGCCGCCGCCGCCGGGUGGCGCCCCGGGCUCCCGGCCGCCCGCCGCGUGGGCCCCGGCGCGCGUGGGGCUGGAGCCUGGAGCCCGUGCGCCGCCGCCGCCGCCGCCGCCGCCGCCGCCGCCCGGAGCAGCCGCGCCGCCCGCGCCCCGGGGCAGCAGCGCGUCCCAGGAGGAGCAGGACGAGGAGCUUGACCACAUCCUCUCCCCUCCACCCAUGCCGUGUCGGAAAUGCAGCAACCCCGAUGUGACUUCUGGCCCUGCAAAGUCCCUGAAGUUUAAAAGACAGCUGAGUGAGGAUGGACGAGAGCUGCGGCGGGGCAGCCUGGGAGGGGCUCUGACAGGCCGGUACCUCCUUCCAAACCCGGCGGCAGGGCAGGCCUGGCCAGCUUCGGCGGAGACGUCCAACCUCGUGCGGAUGCGCAGCCAGGCCCUGGGCCAGUCGGCGCCCUCGCUCACCGCCAGCCUGAAGGAGCUGAGUCUCCCCAGAAGAGGAAGUCUGAUAGAUUCCCAGAAGUGGAAUUGCUUGGUCAAACGUUGCCGAACAAGCAACCGGAAAAGCUUGAUAGGUAAUGGACAGUCACCAGCAUUGCCUCGACCACACUCACCUCUCUCUGCUCAUGCAGGAAAUAGCCCUCAAGAUAGCCCAAGAAAUUUCUCCCCCAGUGCCUCAGCCCAUUUCUCAUUUGCACGGAGGACUGAUGGACGCCGCUGGUCCUUGGCUUCUCUCCCCUCCUCUGGCUAUGGGACAAACACACCCAGCUCCACAGUCUCCUCCUCCUCUUCCUCCCAGGAGAAGCUGCAUCAGUUACCGUACCAACCAACACCAGAUGAAUUGCACUUCCUCUCGAAACAUUUUUGUACUACCGAAAGCAUCGCCACGGAAAACAGAUGCAGGAACACGCCCAUGCGCCCCCGUUCCCGGAGUCUGAGCCCUGGACGUUCUCCUGCAUGCUGUGACCAUGAAAUAAUUAUGAUGAACCAUGUCUACAAAGAAAGGUUCCCCAAGGCUACGGCUCAGAUGGAAGAGCGUCUGAAGGAAAUUAUCACCAGCUACUCCCCUGACCACGUUCUUCCUCUAGCAGAUGGAGUGCUUAGUUUCACUCACCAUCAGAUUAUUGAACUGGCUCGAGAUUGUUUGGAUAAAUCCCACCAGGGUCUCAUCACCUCACGAUACUUCCUUGAAUUACAGCACAAAUUAGAUAAAUUGCUACAAGAGGCUCAUGAUCGUUCAGAGAGUGGAGAAUUGGCAUUUAUUAAACAACUAGUUCGAAAGAUCCUAAUUGUUAUUGCCCGCCCAGCUCGGUUAUUGGAGUGCCUGGAAUUUGAUCCUGAAGAAUUUUACUACCUAUUGGAAGCUGCAGAAGGCCAUGCAAAAGAAGGACAGGGUAUUAAAUCUGACAUUCCCAGGUAUAUCAUCAGCCAGCUGGGGCUCAAUAAAGAUCCUUUGGAAGAAAUGGCUCAGUUGGGAAACUAUGAUAGUGGGACAGCAGAAACACCAGAAACAGAUGAAUCCGUGAGUAGCUCUACUGCUUCCCUGAAACUUCAAAGGAAACCUCGGGAAAGUGAUUUUGAAACUAUUAAAUUGAUUAGCAAUGGAGCCUAUGGGGCAGUCUACUUUGUUCGACAUAAGGAAUCCCGGCAGAGGUUUGCCAUGAAGAAGAUCAAUAAACAGAACCUCAUCCUCCGAAACCAGAUCCAGCAGGCCUUCGUGGAACGGGAUAUCCUGACGUUUGCAGAGAACCCCUUUGUGGUCAGCAUGUAUUGCUCGUUUGAGACAAGGCGCCACUUAUGCAUGGUCAUGGAGUACGUGGAAGGAGGUGACUGUGCAACGCUGAUGAAGAACAUGGGGCCUCUCCCUGUCGAUAUGGCUAGGAUGUACUUUGCGGAGACAGUCUUGGCCUUGGAGUACCUACAUAAUUAUGGGAUUGUACACAGGGAUCUGAAACCAGACAAUUUGUUGGUCACCUCCAUGGGGCACAUAAAGCUGACAGAUUUUGGAUUAUCCAAGGUGGGACUAAUGAGCAUGACUACCAAUCUUUAUGAGGGUCACAUCGAGAAGGAUGCCCGCGAGUUCCUGGACAAACAGGUCUGCGGCACACCUGAAUACAUUGCACCAGAAGUGAUUCUGAGGCAGGGCUACGGGAAGCCAGUGGACUGGUGGGCCAUGGGGAUUAUCCUCUAUGAAUUUCUGGUUGGAUGCGUGCCAUUCUUCGGGGAUACUCCAGAAGAGCUAUUUGGACAAGUCAUCAGUGAUGAGAUCAACUGGCCAGAAAAGGAUGAGGCACCACCACCCGAUGCCCAGGAUCUGAUUACCUUGCUUCUUAGACAGAAUCCACUGGAGAGACUGGGAACAGGUGGUGCCUAUGAAGUCAAACAGCAUCGAUUCUUCCGUUCUUUAGACUGGAACAGUUUGCUGAGACAGAAGGCAGAAUUUAUUCCCCAACUGGAAUCCGAGGACGACACAAGUUAUUUUGAUACUCGGUCGGAGAAGUAUCAUCACAUGGAGACGGAGGAAGAAGAUGACACAAAUGAUGAAGACUUUAAUGUGGAAAUAAGGCAGUUUUCCUCCUGUUCACACCGCUUUUCAAAAGUUUUCAGCAGCAUAGACCGAAUUACUCAGAAUCCCGGAGAAGAGAAGGAAGACCCUGGAGACAAAACCAAAAGCACAGUGUUGCCAUCCACAGAAACCUUCAGCUGGAGUUCGGAAUAUUCUGAAAUGCAACAGUUAUCCACAUCCAACUCUUCAGACACUGAAAGCAACAGACAUAAACUCAGUUCUGGCCCACUUCCCAAACUGGCUAUCUCAACAGAGGCAGAAAAAGAUGAAGCGGCUCCCUGCCCCAGAGACCUCCCUGAGGAGCCAGAAAAGCCAGCCCUGCCUCCUGCAGAGAGCACUCAGGAGGAGCCCGAGGUCACCACUCCCGCCAGCACCAUCAGCAGCUCCACCCUGUCAGUUGGCAGUUUUUCAGAGCACUUGGAUCAGAUAAAUGGACGAAGCGAGUGUGUGGACAGUACAGAUAAUUCCUCAAAGCCAUCCAGUGAACCCGCUUCUCACAUGGCCCGGCAGCGAUUAGAAAGCACAGAAAAAAAGAAAAUCUCGGGGAAAGUCACAAAGUCCCUUUCUGCCAGUGCCCUGUCCCUCAUGAUCCCAGGAGAUAUGUUUGCCGUUUCUCCGCUUGGAAGUCCAAUGUCCCCCCAUUCCCUGUCCUCGGACCCUUCUUCCUCACGAGAUUCCUCUCCCAGCCGGGAUUCUUCAGCAGCGUCUGCCAGUCCACACCAGCCCAUCGUGAUCCACAGUUCAGGGAAGAACUAUGGUUUCACCAUCCGGGCCAUCCGGGUGUACGUGGGAGACAGCGACAUCUAUACGGUGCACCAUAUUGUUUGGAAUGUAGAAGAAGGGAGUCCAGCAUGCCAGGCAGGACUGAAGGCUGGGGACCUGAUCACGCACAUCAAUGGAGAACCGGUGCAUGGACUUGUCCACACGGAAGUCAUAGAGCUCUUGCUGAAGAGUGGAAAUAAGGUGUCAAUCACUACUACUCCAUUUGAAAACACAUCAAUCAAAACGGGACCAGCCAGGAGAAACAGCUAUAAGAGCCGGAUGGUGAGGCGGAGCAAGAAAUCUAAGAAGAAAGAAAGUCUAGAAAGGAGGAGGUCCCUCUUCAAAAAACUAGCCAAGCAGCCGUCCCCUUUACUCCACACCAGCAGGAGUUUCUCCUGCCUCAACCGGUCCCUGUCGUCAGGGGAGAGCCUCCCAGGUUCCCCCACGCACAGCUUGUCUCCCCGCUCCCCGACGCCCAGCUACCGCUCCACCCCUGACUUCCCAUCAGGUACUAAUUCCUCACAGAGCAGCUCCCCGAGCUCCAGUGCCCCCAAUUCCCCAGCGGGCUCAGGACACAUCCGGCCCAGCACCCUCCACGGCCUGGCCCCCAAGCUCAGCGGACAGCGCUACCGGUCCGGGAGGCGGAAGUCGGCCGGCAGCAUCCCACUGUCCCCCCUGGCCCGGACCCCCUCUCCCACGCCUCAGCCCACGUCCCCACAACGGUCGCCAUCCCCUCUGCUGGGUCACUCGCUCGGCAAUUCCAAGAUCGCCCAGGCCUUUCCCAGCAAGAUGCACUCCCCUCCCACCAUCGUCAGACACAUCGUGAGGCCCAAGAGCGCAGAGCCCCCCAGGUCCCCGCUGCUCAAGCGCGUGCAGUCGGAGGAGAAGCUCUCCCCCUCCUAUGGCAGUGACAAGAAGCACCUGUGCUCCCGCAAGCACAGCCUGGAGGUGACCCAGGAGGAGGUGCAGCGGGAGCAGCCUCAGCGGGAGGUGAGCUUGCAGAGCCUGGAGGAGACCGUGUGCGACGCGCCCUCCCUGAGCCGUGCCAGGCCCGUGGAGCAAGGCUGCCUGAAGCGCCCCGUCUCCCGGAAGCUGGGGAGACAGGAGUCCAUGGACGAGCUGGACCGAGAGAAGCUCAAGGCCAAGGUGGUAGUGAAGAAACCCGAUGGCCUCCCGGACAAACAGGAUCCCCACCAGAAAUCCCACGGACUCGGCAGCGAUUUGGAGGCCCUCUCUACUUUCAGGCUGGAAGACAGGGAGAAGAAACUAUAUCCAAAGGCAUUAGAGAGGUCGAGUCAUUUUGAAAGCAAAGUGGCCUCGCAGGAGCCCCCGUCCCUGGGCAGUCUGCUGAAAGGGGCUCUUCACAAGCAGGCCAGCGUUCGGGCCAGUGAGGGGGCCGCCUCGGAAGGGGCACCCGGGGACCACAGCCAGGGCGUCUGUGACUUCAAGCGCACCUCUGCUCCCGGCAUCCUCCAGGACGGCCUGUGUCACUCCACCGACAGGUCCAGCUCUGGGAAGGCUGAAAACCUGGAGAAGGCCCCCCCAGCCAAGGAGUGCCUCCGAUGUGAGAAGUUAGACAGCAAACUGGCCAACAUCGAUUACCUCCGAAAGAAGAUGCCAUUUGAAGACAAAGAUGACAGCCUGUGUCCCGUGCUCAAGCCCAAGAUGACCUCUACUGCCCAUGAGAGCCUGCCCGGGAACCCGGGCCGGGCCGUGGGUGGGCAGCAGGAGGCCCUGCCUGCCUCUGAGGGCCGAGCAUUCAUCAGCGGUGCCCACCCGGCUCAGAUCAGCGCCGUUUCCUUUGUCCCUCUCAAGGCCCUAGCCGGCCGGGGGGAUGGCGGGGUGGAGAAGGGGGGCCUGGUGGCUCCUGAGUCCCCAGUCCGGAAAAGCCCGUCCGAGUAUAAGCUGGAAGGCAGGUCUGUGUCCUGCCUGAAGCCCAUUGAGGGCACUCUGGAUAUCGCUCUCCUGUCCGGGCCUCAGGCCUCCAAGACCGAGCUGCCUUCCCCCGAGCCCGUGCAGACCCCCAGCCCGGCCAGGGAUGUGGGGACCCCUGUGCCACCCGCCCCCCCGGGCAGCGGGGCCUCUAAGGCGGAGACCGCCCAGAGGGAGCCUUCCCCCGCCGGCCUCAGGAUGAGUAAGUCCUACCUGCUGGAGCCCCGCUUCCCAGCCAGCCGAGGCCUCCAGAACUCUCCAGGCGGCCCCUUGCCAGACCCCGAGCUGAAGCAGGACAGGAAAGCCUCCCGCGGGGCCAGGAGCGUGGUGACAGUCCCCGAAGGCGACCCCCAGCCGAGAGAGGGGGGCUGCAGCCGACACCAAGGCCACGCGCCCGAGCCGAGACCCGGCCCCUUCCUGGGGCAGGGCCCCCCCGCGGCCGAGCCACCCCGGUCCCGCGGCCUGACACCUGCUGACCGGGCGCCCUCCAGAGAGCAGCUCAGUGGGAGGCAGUCCUCCGACAGGGGCCCUCCGGCCGCCAGGGGCCAGCGGGCCAACGUCAGGGCGGACACCCCCCGGGAGCCCUCCGUGGAGUCGUGUCCAACAGAAGCUGCUAAAACCGGCGACGAUUCCAGACACGUGCCCUCUGGGGCGAGGACCCACCCGGAUGUCCGCGCACAGCCCCACACCGCGGAGAGGGCAUGGGGGUCCUGCGGGAAGGCGAGCCACGGGGACGGCCGGGACGAGGGGAGGCCGCGGGCCCCGGAGGACCCUUGUCUGCGCUCGGCGGGGGCUCCCUGUGAGAGGGAGCCGGGCCGGAGGAGGGAGGGGAGGAGGAGGGGGAGGAGGGGGAGCCCUCCCGCGCGGUGGACCCUGCAGCCCCCCGGCCCCGAGAACGGGAAGGGAAGGCAGCUCCCCGGUUGCCCGCCUUUGCAGAAGGACGCCCCCAGGGAGCCAGAGAGGAAGGAGCGGCCGGUGCAGCCCCGCGGGAGCAGCGGCCCCCCGCCCCCGCCCCCGCCCGCCGCCCAGGAGCUGCCCGGCCCGCCGCCGCAUCCGCCCCGCGGCUCGCCCAGCCCCUGCUCGGCCGGACAGCCGGGGAGCCCGCCCGGGGCCGCGGCGCCCAGCCUGGGCCCCCAGGACGGCGCCCCGAGGUCCGCGCCCCCGGACAGGGCGCCCUCCUCGCAGAGGCCGAGCGCGGCGCCCGCUGUCGGCGGCCCCGAGGGGCAGGGCGGCGGCGGGGCGGUGCUGGGCGCGGCUCCCCCGCACGCCCGGGGGGGCCUCCUCGGCACCAGGGCGACCCCGCCCGGCGGGGGGCGCCCCCCCGACGAGCCGCCCCGGAGCGUCGCCAGCGCCGGGGAGCAGCAGAGCGCGUGCCCCAAGCACCCCAAGCCAUCCACUGUGAAAGACUGCCCCGCUCCGUGCGGACAGACGGACGGGAGCGCGGGGCCGCGGGCUCCCGCCGACGGGAAGGCCGAGGGCAAGCGGGGCCCCGAAGCGCCCGCCGGGCCCGCCGCCGGCCUCCCCCCGGCCCCGCGCGAGGCCAAGGCCGGGGCCCCGGGGGCGCAGACGCCGGUGGGCGGGGCGAGCAGGAGCGCGGCCACGCCCACCGCCCCGCCCGCGGCCACGCCCCCACCGCCCGCGGCCACGCCCACCGCCCCGCCCGAGAAGUCCCGCAGCUGCUCCGCGGGCUUCCCCGGAGCCGGGGCGCGGGGGGCCGCGGGCGGCGGGGGCGGGGGCCGAGCCGCGAUGCCCAAGAGCGACUCGCUGCCGUCCUUCCGGAGCUCGGCCGCCCUGGAGCUGCAGCAGCCUGGCCCCGCGCCGCCGCCGCCUCCCGCACGGAAACCGGGCGCGGCCCGCGAGGUCACCAGGGCGGCCCCUGCGCCCAACCCCGAGCGGCCCGCCGUCGCCCUGUCCCCCGAGAAGGACUUCGUGGUGCGGCAGAGGCGGGGGCGGGAGCCCCUGCGGAGCAGCCCCCACAAAAAGGCGUCGUAGCGGGGCGCCCAGGGCAGCCCCCGGGAUGUGCACCUACCGUGCACCUGCUGCGCACCUGCGCCUCCACCUCCUUCCAAAGCAGCGCGGCCGCGUCGGGGCACAGGCGGACCCCCUUCCUCUUGCCCCGCCCCCCGACUGUCCCCGGUAGAACUGACACCAUUCGGUGUUUGGACAAACAGCGACAACGCGGACCUUGCGGUCGAGGGUUGUCGCGGAGAAGGAUGUGCGCUGUAAAUACCCUCCCGCGUGUUUGGCUUGGGAUGUAGAGUCGGUACCUUGCUGCUGAUUGCGUUGUUUUAUCACGGCUUUUUUUUUUUUUUUCUUUCUUUCCUUAAUUUCUUUCUUUCUUUUCUUUCUUGGUGGGUGUUUUUCUUUUCUUUCUUCCAGUUAAGAUUUUUGCUUUACCACUUGAUCCUAACCUAGUAAGGAAGCCACAGCGGUUAAAAUCGGGUGUAUGGAAAAUGGAAAAGUCUGGCUACACUCCUGUCUGUGUAUAUACGCAUCCAGCCACAUGUUUUGGCCUGUGAUCUAGGAGGAGAUUUCAAGGCUACGUUUUUCUAAGUUAAAAGAUUCCGAGUAGAGUUAAAGAGGAACGGAAGCCCUAGCUGCAGUAGAUCGUGAGUCUGUGUGUGUGUCUUUAAAGAGAGAUUUUGAUAGUCGCUGUAUCUGGCCACCUGUGUUUCCAGAUCUUAGAGCGAGAGCUACUCUGAUCGUGGCGUUUGGAACCUUCCUCCGUUAGGAAUGGCCGGAACCAGUGGAGCUAACCAUUUUCACUUCACAGCCAUCCGAGUGGACGUUCUGAUCCGGGGUCCAACUGUCUGGAAGGCCCGUUGUCCUUGUCCGUAGGGGGGGAUGUGCAGGGUCUUCACCCUGGCUGUCGUGGGGGCUAUAAACACACGUCAACUUUAUUUUUGUUACUUUCCCUUCUUUUCAUGCUCUUAAACUCAGGCCUGUAUGCUAUGAGUCACUAGUCCAGAAGCACACAUUUUGUAGUAGUUUUGCACCAGCCCUGCUCUUGAACAAAAAGGAAAAAUCACUGGCCGCACACAAAUCUGAUAGUAUUAAAUUGAGUUAAGAAGCGUCAGGCAUUGGAAGAGGUUUUAAAUUUGCUUUUUUUUCUUUUUUUUUUUUUUUUUUUGAGGGAAAACGGGGGUGGAUUUUGGCAUCAUAGCAUAUAUAUUAAUGAAUAAUCAGGACAUCAGAUACAUUUUAAUACAUAGCUGGGGCCUUAUGUUGUAGAUGAAGCUUGCUGUUUUUAGCAAGUUCCUGGGUUUCACAUUCAUUUCUGACGCAUCGAGUAGCUCCAUACAUUACAUAACAUGAUCUCUUUAUUUGUAUGCAAAAAAAAUACUGUAUUAAUAAAGAGCAGCAUUUUUUAACAAAAAGACUUGGUGGAGCUAUUUGGUGCUUGAAUGUGUCCUUUUUACUUUUGCUAAGCCUUAUUUAAAUUUUGUAUACCAUGGAAUAUGUAGAAUUCGUCAAAUCAUUUUAGUGCUGAGGGGGGUUUUUUGUUCGUUUUUGUUGCAGUUGUCCUGGUGGCUUGUUUUGUAUUGUAAGAUGACACUUGCUGACACCAGUACUAAGGCACUAAGAGGAAAUACACACAGAUAAGUCUUUAUAAGAUGUUUGGGAUCCAUAGCAGGAUUUUUUUAGUUUUGUUUUUUAAGAGGGGAAAAAACUUAUCAAUAAAUACUCACUUAGCACCCAAACCCCCUCGGAGGUCUUAGUAUCUUCAAGCUAUAAAAUUGUUCAUCUAAGCACAGCCCGUGGAGUGUAAAUUAUUUAGCGAGGCUGUAAACCCUGCUCUGCUCCAAAAACAAAAACAUAACUUAACCAUCUACUUGGUUGUCCUUCAUUGUACAAUGAGUUGGCAAUGGCAAAAAAAAAAAAAAAAAAAAAAAGUCUCCUUGCCCAUGAUUUUUUCCCAUGUGAUUUUAGCUAUACCCCAUCACUACAUUGUGAAAUUGCAGAAGAAACAAAUACCGUAAAAAAAGUUAAAUCGGUUUCCAAAGUGGUCUCGACAUUUAUAAUUCGUAUCUGUGUUGGGUGGUUGUCAUAACCCCAUCCUCUGUACUCAGACAUCACGACAGGUCUAUCGGGGAGGUAGUUCAUGGUUUACAGCCUUUGCUUUUUAACUGUCCCGUUUCCUUUAAAGCACAACUAGCUGCUUGUUUACAAAUGAUAUUUUUAUGUAUAUUUUGUAUAGUGUAUUACCAUUUUUGCCAAAUAUGUUUUUGCAUUUUGGAUGAGUAAAGAGUACUUAAGGUUGCAUUCAUGUAAUACCUGUUUGUUGUUGUAAACCUCUCCAAUCAGCUGGUAGAAAUUCUCCUGUGUUCUAUUUGGUCAGUCUCCUGUGAUUGUAAGAUGUGCUCCUCGGUAUUACUCCCAGCUGUAGAUUUACCAGCUUAAAAGUUUGUUAGGAUCUGUGCAAUAAAGUGUUUGCAGUCUUAUUUUCUCUAAGAAAUUCCCUAUGGAUGUCAUAAUUGUUGUAUAUUGAACAAAUAUUUAUACUUAUGCAGUUGCAUAACAUUGAAAUAAAAAUUUAGCAUGAAAACAUAA